UGCGGUUUAUGCAAAACAGAGAGGGUGAUGCAGCGGCUAAAGCGACCUGUUCUGUCAAAAAAAUCUAAUGCUACCCUAAAGAACAGGAAGCGAAGGAAAUGCCUUUUGCGGUGGAGGCAGAGGUUGUAGGUUUUACUCCAAACUGUAAUCCACAGUAAAAAAAAAACAGACGGUGAAACGAAGCACGAGAACCCCGACUGGUGUGCUGCGACGCCGUGGAAACUUUCGUCCGGGAGUGUUUAUUUUUCCGUCGACGACGCAGCAGCUCUUUGCUACUCUUAAGUUAAAGCGACCGAGAAUCAUCAUGAAGGCCAUUUCGGAGCAGGAGAGGCUACAACGGUUCAAUUCUACUGGCAUGAUUGGUUAAAAGUUCUGCAAAACUGCUUAUCUUGACUUGAGAAGUGCCAAUAUCACUGCAGUUAACACACUUGGGUGUAAGGUCUUCCGUUUUGAGGAAUGAGUCUGGUGCGCAAGAAGAUCCUGCUUUGGGCUGUGUUCGCCUUCGGAGCUAAUAUUAUUGUUUAUACAUUAAUUACAAUAUCCAAGCCAUCAAAUGACGAACCAUCUCUGACCAAAGCGACAAAGACAAUCAUACCUGAGGGAUCCUUUUGGAAAAUGUCACUCGAUCACAGUGCUUAUUGGAACUUACUCCAGCAUUAUUUAGACAGGAGAUACAAUCCUAUAUUAAAAAAUGCCUCAGUAGGUCAGUUGCCUGGAAAUGUAAGUUACUUCUUAACAAGGCAAAGUAAUUUGCAAAACAAUGUUACCUGUACUCAAGAUUCAGAUAUUGCCAUGUAUGUUAAAGACUUCAGUACUUUACCUGAACAAGUGAGAGACUUCAUAGAAUCCAUGCAUUGCCGGAACUACACAUUGCUUAUCGACUAUCCUGAAUUAUGUACUAAAGAGGCUCCUGACUUACUUCUGGCAAUUAAGUCCCAGGUCCCUAAUUUUGAAAACCGGCAAGCUAUCCGGGAGUCAUGGGGAAAGUCUGGGAAAGUUAAUAAUAUUACAAUUAAAGCCAUUUUUCUUCUGGGAAGACAAGACCCAUCCUCUGGACCCUUUUUUCCCAACUUGGAGGGCCUUUUAAAGCUUGAGAGAGACAAUUACAAAGAUGUUCUCUUGUGGGAUUUCAAAGAUACUUUCUACAACCUUACAUUGAAAGAUGUUCUUUUUUUGGAAUGGUUUGACAAAAACUGUGCAGGAGUCAAAUAUGUCUUCAAAGGUGAUGAUGAUAUUUUUCUUAACACUGAAAGCCUUGCUGAACUUGUAGCAUCUCAUAUAACAGGGAAGGGAAGUCCAGAUCUCUUCCAGGGCCAGGUGAUCUACAAUGCGUCUCCACUCAGAAAUGUAAAACUAAAAUACUUUGUUCCAGACAGUCUGUAUGCAGGAACAUAUCCACCCUAUGUCGGAGGUGGUGGUAUGGUCUAUACAGGAGAUUUAGCAAGAAGGCUUAACAGGAUGACUAAACAUGUGGUCCUUUUUCCUAUUGAUGAUGUGUAUAUGGGCAUGUGUUUGCAGAGACUAGGAGUAAGCCCUUUAGAGCAUACUGGAUUCAAAACCUUUGAUAUAGCAGAGGACAGUCGGGGCAAUCCAUGUUCUUAUAAAAAUCUGAUUGUAGUACAUAGGCGAACCCCAAAGGAAAUGAUUCGGCUCUGGAAACAAAUGCACAGUAUGGAACUUAACUGUUCAUAGCACUGUAAAAUCCUGGUAUGUUACCAAAGCCUUCUUUUUAAAAAAAAAAAAUAUAUUAAUAAUUUGUUAGUUAUGUCUUUUAACUGCCAGGAGAAUGACAGCCAUGUUGUAAGAACAAAUUACGAGUCUGUGAAUUUUGUACUGUGUUUACAUUUCAUAUUUUUACACCAUAUGUGACUGUCACUUGGAGUUGAAGUCAACAAGAUCCUUGUUAUUGGAUUUUAAAUAUAUGAUGGCAAUUCAAAUUAUUUUAAAUACCAUUAUGUAACAUGGCCAAAGGAAUUACUGAUGUCUGAAACAAGGAAAAGCGAAGAGUGAAGAAAGCUGGAGAAUUGGAAGCCUUCUAAAUUGUCAGUGGACAACAUUAAGGUUGUGUUUUAUUUUGUUGUUUUGUUUUUUCUCCAGUGCUGUGCACUGGUUAGUGAUUAGCUCAGUGUUUUGUGGCCUUUUUGUGUUUUACUGGGGUGGCAGGGGUAGAAGUAGGUAAGUUGUGUUAAAAAGAUUUAUACUUUUUGCAUUUCUUCAGGAAAGAAAUGAAAAGACUGAGCCAUUAAAGUGUUUAAGCAAACACUGAGGUUCUCAUAUUUGUGUUAAAACAGUAGAUUGUGCAGCACAGUUAGGUUUACUUGGAUCAGGCCAGUUCUCCUUCAUAUGCUGAAACAGUGUCAGACUUUGUUAAUAAAGAUUUAAUCCGUAGGUGCUUUAGCCAUUUAUCUGUAAAGAUGUUUGUUUUACUUGUUUGUGCAGUAGUUCUAGAGAGAAUUUUGUAAAGCUCAUUUAUCUACCACCACCCCAGUAGGAGGCCUUACCAGAUGAUUCUUGGAACAGAUGACACUUAACCUAAAGAGUGCAUUUCUGAUUACUGCCAUAAAAAAGAUAUUUUGUCAUAUUGUAAGAACAAUUUAUUGUAGAUAGUGCUUUUUCAUGUACAAAUUAAUAUUCUGUUACUUUGCUUGCAUUAUAACAAAGCUUUUAUAAAGCAAUUAAAAACAAUAUAAAGAGCUGAAAUAUAUCAUUUAUAUUAUUACAAGGUAAUACAAAAAGAAUUUUGGGUUGUAAAAUUUUGAUUGUUUCCUGACAUUUUUAGAACACUGUGGUAAGUGAAAUUGCCUAAUAUAUCUAAUGUUGUUGCAACAAGUCACACGUGAGAAAUGUAGUAAUCCUUAUCAAAUUUCUAAAGAAUAAACUUAAAAGCUGAAAUAUAAUAAACUCUUUUGCACUAUCAGCUAUAAGGACGCACACAGAAAACAGUCUGAAACCAAAUUAGAUAUGCUAAAGAUGUUCAGUUCAAACUAGAAAAUACAUUUCACUUGGUGAUGCUACUGAUGGUAUGUCUGGCAAAAUUAAAUCAGCUGCUUUUUCCAUAUUAUUUUAAACAUUUGCCUAAAUCCUGUGUAGAUAAUGAUUCUUAUAGUUAAUGUAAAGCAGUACCCUGUAAUAAACUUGAAAUCUUUACUUGAUAAAGCACAUUUCAACACCAGCAUAGCAAGAUUCAGCCUUAUUGUUUUGUUGUUCAUACUCGCUAUUCCUAGUAGUUUUUUGUUUUUUUUUAUGAAUCGCUUGCUCAUUUACUGUCACAUACUGCAGUGCACAUAUUUGUCUUUCCUGACCUUAACUCCCUGUUUAUAGGAAUUGACACCAUGCUAUGUAAGCGUCAUUUUAGCAUCUGCUCUAGAUGGUGAUGUGCGCAUUAACUGCUGUCUGCGGCAUAUCAGUCACGUUCUGCUUGUAGCACCUUUAAUUAGAGUUUGUCUCAAAUCCUCUCACUUCGGAAUCUAUAGCUAACAUGUUUUUAAGUACUAGGUAUGGUGAGAAAGAAAAAAAAAACAGUUUCAUACAUAUGAAUUGAAUUUACAUUUGCCCAGCUUUUCCAGCUUAAGAAAGCAAUUUUUAAAAAGUUCAGUCUUAAUAAUAAAACACAGUAAAAGCCAACACUUUUUUCCAUGGUUAUUCAUUGAUAGGGUGUGGCAGUGAAAUCUUGAUUGGACAUCCUGGGCAUUUUGCUACCUGCUGGCUUCAGGAUGUUGUUUUUCCAACAAACUUUGUGCGAGUUGUAUUCCCAGAAACUGAUCUGAUUCACACACAUAUACUGUAUAUACUGUAUACUAUACCAUGUCCUUUUGGAGGAAUCCGGCUCUUCUGCAGUAAUAGCUGUUGAAAGCUACACAUAUAUGCCACUGUGCUGAAGCACACAAACUGAGAUCCAUUGCCAUUUUUGCUAAUAAUGGAAAUUCCCAUCCAUCAGUUCAGGAGAAUUUUGUAAUUUAAUGUUUGCCUAAUAAUUAUGUACCAAUGUUUUACUGAUAUUGACUAUUUGGUAUAAAUAUGAUCAUAACAACCUUGAUUUACUGACUUUAAAUUUAGCGUUCACUUGCAUGUUAUGUCAAACGCAGUAAAUGUACACUUGGCUGUUUACACUUUUAACUUAACUGUUAAACGACAUUCAUUUUAUAUGCUGCCCAUAAUGCUUGCUAUAAUGAACUGUGCAAUUAAAUUUUUCCGUGGAGCAAUAUACAGCUCAGAUUCAGUUUGAAACUCUGGAGAAGGUGACUUUUUGCAAAGUUGUGGCAUCCAUUUGUACUGUUUGAAACCGAUUAAGGGAUUUAGGAGGGGCGCCAACAUGAAGCAUAGCUUUUGCAGAUGGGGGGCUUAGGUGUUCUCUUAUAUGAUUCUGCCCUGUGGUAUGUCAAGCCUGAAAUCAGAAGAUUGCUUGUUAAAAAGUCAUCCUGGAAACGUGAGGUGCAUUAUGAUUAUCUACUGACCCCACUAAUAUCAGAAACUCUACAGCAGGAUCUAAGAAAGAAAGAAAGAAGACUGAUCCCGUCUCUAUGCAUUUGUGAUCUUAAACAUUUAAAGAAAAUUAAAGAAUUAUUGUUGAACAAUGUUAAUUUUUGUCUAAAAUGUUUUACGGCUAUGAACACCUCAUUUUUGUUCUCUAACUGCUUGCUCGCUGUCUCUUUCUGGCCUUCUACUGCAUACUCCCAUCUGAGUGAGGGUCAUUUUAGAGGGGGAAAAAUAAUAAGGCUAGCAAAUAAUGUUUGUACAAUACAAAAGCACCUCUGGCAUUGACCGGGACUGUGUGUUACACAUCUGCUCCCCACUUAGAAGUUUGCCUGUAGUGUCCUUGGUAAUGGGAGCUUCCCAAGGCUGAAAGCACAUUGCUAAAUUGAACCAUCAAGUCACCUACAUUUUAUUUCUGACACUCCAGUCGAAUCCCCCUGGGAAACAGCAUGCUUGCCACAUUAUAGUUUUUAAAUAUAGCUAGUGAAAAAAUAAAUCUCCCUCCAUUUUUAAAGCUAAGUUAUCAAUUUCUGGAUUAUAGGGACUCCAGAGAGCAUCAGGUACAUUUUUUUAUUUUAGAAACAUUAUUGUUCCUGCUAGGUUAGCCUUUUUUAUUCCUUGAUUUUGAGUGAGAAAUAUAGAAAAUGGAUGGAGGCAUGGCAAUCAUUUAAUGUAAAAAGUCCGGUUGAUAUCCCACAUUUAAAGAACACUUCAAUAUACCUCAAGUAAUCACAUGACAUGAAAUCUGCAGCAGUGCUGCUUACUGCCAGCAUGGAGAGACAUGUCUUCUGAAACUGGGUGCCCCACCUCUGUAUUCCUAUAAUGUCAGAAGGGGAGAGAUGUAAGAAAAGUAACCAUGUAUGGGUUGAAGUUGCCAAAGAAGCACCAAUCUUGGGUCAUGCCCCCUCACUUCCCCUUUGGUGACUAAGUGUGAACGGUGACUUCUGAAAUUAGAAAUUGUGCGUUUCCUAUAAGAGUUGGCUGUUUGUUCAGAAUCUCAGUUUGCCAAAAAAGAAAGUGAAAGGGAGUCUGCUGGUCCCCACAUCGUUCGAAUGUGCCGGUUAACCAUCGGUGGUACUUCUUCUGUUUUAUCCUGCUUGGGUUGUGUGGACUGGAUGUGUUUUUAUGGUAGAAGUAGAGGAACUCCAGCCAAGAAAAAAAAAAAAACCUGCUGUUGUAUAUAUGAUGUUUAUGAAAAUACAUUUCCUGUAGUUAACUUUAAAGUGGUUACUUUUCAUCAAAUCUGCAUUUUCUUUUGGCUCUUUUCUGGUUAACUAUACAGGUCUACCGCCUUAUGUGGCUGCAUGCAACAAAUCUGUUAAUAACUUUGUGACUUCAGAGUUGUGUAUAGUAUAUGAAAUAUUUAUAUUCAUAUCCAUAUAUUUGAAUAUUUUUAACUUAUUUAAAAAAUCUAUUCAGAUUGUGAAUUUGUGUAUAUAUAUAGAUAUUUUUUAUUCUUUCAUAUGAUUUAGUGUUCUGCUCUCAUUCAUUAACUAAAGCUGUCUCUGCAGUGUAUUUUACUGUUGUACACAAAGCUGCCAUUUGUAAUAACAAAAUAAAUUGUAUACAGUAUGUAUAUAUAAAAUGUU